CCCCUCUGUGAGUUCCCAGAAUACCCCUGCGAGGAAAAAUGGACGGAGAGGCGGCCGGAAAGAGGGUGGUUGUCGUCGGCGGCGGCGUUGCCGGAGCGUCGCUCGCCAAGUCCAUGCAAUUCGUCGCUGAUGUGACGCUUAUCGACCCGAAAGAGUAUUUCGAGAUCCCUUGGGCGAACUUGAGGUUGAUGGUCGAGCCUUCAUUUGCAGAGAGAACAUUGAUUAACCACACAGAUUAUGUCGCCAAUGGGAGAGUUAUUACGUCACCGGCCAUAAGUGUUACUGAGAAUGAAGUAUUAACAGCAGAAGGGCGUUCAGUGGUGUAUGACUAUCUUGUAAUAGCUACUGGUCAUGCAGAUCCCAUUCCCCAUAAUCGGAAGGAUAGAAUCAGUCAGUUUGAACAAGAUAACCAGAAGAUCAAAGCUGCUAACUCUGUGCUGAUCAUUGGGGGAGGUCCAACUGGAGUCGAGCUCGCAGGAGAGAUUGCGGUUGACUACCCAGAUAAGAAGGUGACUGUGGUCCAUAAAGGAUCAAGGUUGUUGGAGUUCAUUGGACAGAAAGCAGCAGAUAAGACAUUGGAUUGGCUGACGGCAAAAAAGGUUGAGGUGCUUUUGAACCAAACAGUUGAUCUGGACUCUGUAUCAGAAAGUGAAAAAAUCUACACAACAUCAACCGGUGAAAAAAUCAAUGCGGAUUGCCAUUUUGUUUGUGUUGGCAAGCCAACGGGAUCAUCCUGGCUGCAGAAUUCGAUCCUGAAGGACUGCUUGGAUAAGAAGGGAAGGUUAAUGGUUGAUGAAAACCUGCGUGUCAGGGGACAGAAGAACAUUUUCGCCAUUGGUGACAUUAUUGAUGUUCCUGAAAUCAAGCAAGGAUUCCUCGCACAGAAGCAUGCGAGCGUGGUUGCGAAGAACUUGAAGUUGAUCAUGAAAGGAGCCAAAGAGAGCAAGUUGAGCAAGUAUAAGCCGGCUUCGGCUAUGGCAAUCAUAUCACUGGGAAGGAAAGAAGGUGUCGCGCAGCUGCCGUUUAUGACAAUGAUUGGAUGCAUCCCAGGCAUCAUCAAAUCAAAGGACUUGUUCGUCGGAAAGACUAGGAAGCAGUUGGGACUUGAUCCUGGUACUGCUUGAUGAAUUCUCAGGAUUGAAAACUGAACUUUCUAGUUCAUGUGCUUGGGCUUGUUGUUUGUGCUUGUGAUUUUUCAUUUUAAUGUUGUUGUUGGUUUACAUUUUGUAUGUAAUUCUUGUGAGAAGAUCAUUGAAAUUUGUAUUGAUUGAAUUAUUGUAAAAUAGUAAUAGAAUUGUGAUAUAAGUUUGUUUUGAU